AUGCGUCCAACAUCCGCUCAUGGUCCUUCUCCGCUUCUCCAGUCCGUUUCCACUUCUACAGACCUCGCACCCGCGGUCCCUAAUCCGCAGCUUAUGGGAUAUAAAUCUUAUGCUGAAUUUUCUCUACAUUCUACUAUGGCUGCAUCUCCUGAAGUGGUCUUAUCCUUUUUGCUUGAGAUGAGCAAAGUGGUCAGACCAAAGGCUGAUCAGGAGUUUGAGGCAAUUCGGGAUUUCAAGAGAGAGAAAAGUGGUGAGCCUAAUGGAGAGUUGGAGCCGUGGGAUGAGGCAUACUUCACGUGGUUGAUGAAGUCUGCAACAUACAAGUUGGACUCCUCGAUUAUAUCAUCAUAUUUUCCCUUACCACAGUGUAUUGAGGGUUUGAAAAUUUUGGUUGAGUCACUCUUUGGUGUGACUUUUCACAGAGUACCCCUUGCACCCGGUGAAUCAUGGCAUCCUGAUGUGUUAAAGAUAGUGCUACAUCAUCCGACUGAGGGAGACCUGGGGUACUUGUACCUUGAUUUAAAGUCAAGAAAAGGUAAACAUCCCAUUUGUGCUCAUUUCGCUAUCCGAGGAGGGCGUCGUGUUUCCGAGACAAUAUACCAACUUCCUGUUGUAGCACUGGUUUGCAAUUUCUCUGGGUCGAGUUUGGCUCCUGUGAGGCUUAACCACUUUGAAGUAGAAACACUUUUCCAUGAGUUUGGGCAUGCUCUCCAUUCAUUGCUCUCAAGAACGGAAUAUCAACACUUUUCGGGUACGAGAGUGGUUCUUGAUUUUGCUGAAACGCCGUCAAACCUAUUUGAGUCCUAUGCAUGGGAUUAUCGGGUGUUAAGGACAUUUGCUAAGCACUACUCAACUGGUGAUGUCAUUCCCAAAGAACUCGUGGAAUCAAUGGUGGGAGCUAAGAAGAUGUUUGCUGCAACUGAAUUGCAACGCCAGAUCUUCUACGCAUUAGUUGACCAAACACUUUUCGGAGAGCAGACAUCCACAUGGAGAGAUACAAUGGCGAUCGUUGCAGAUUUGAAAAGACAACAUACAAGUUGGACACAUGUGGAAGGAACACAUUGGCAUACCCGAUUCAAUCACCUUACAAACUAUGGUGCAGGUUACUAUAGCUACUUGUAUGCAAAAUGCUUUGCCACAACUAUCUGGCAAAGGAUAUGCCAAGAGGAUCCUUUAUCAUCGGACACGGGUUUGGCUUUAAGAACGAAAUUCUUGCAGCAUGGAGGAGCCAAAGAUCCAGCUGAUAUACUGAAUGAUCUUGUGGGGAGUGGCAUCAUAAGGAAUUGCAGUGGUGGAAUAAUACCGGACAUUACAAGCCUUUGUGAGGAAAUGGAGCUCAUGAAAAGCUAGCAAAGGGAGUUCUAGCCCCCAAAAUAAGAUAAAGUAUCUCCUCCCCUGUACUAAACAAUGGUGAGGCAAAGUAGCUAGCGUGCAAAUUGCAGGCCAUCAUAGAAGGGUUUGGAGUGACUUGGAGUUGAUUUAGGAAGAGGCUUCCCAUCGUAAUAGUAGUAACUAUAUGAUGCUGCUGGUCUGAAGAGAUUUCAUCACGGCCAAGCAAGCAAAUUAAACAAUUUGCAAGCAUGUCAUUCUUUAAGUUAGUGUUCAGAGGAAACAUCUCAUGGCCGUUGGCCAGGCCAUUUAUUGAGCAAUUCUCCAAAGAAACUAAUUGUGCGUAUUUUGACCAUUCUUUGCUUAAUUUGACAAGUGUACGUAUUCCAAUAAAACAGAAGAGACGUAAUGAUGCAAGGAAUUUAUCAA